GUUCGCCGAUGAAAGCUCUUCCCCAACAUUACGUUCACCGAAAUUUGCACCCAGCCCACCGAAUAUCUACUACAAAGGCUGGUGGACAUAUCCAUAUUUUUCGUGCUCUCUCAGCAAAUGGAUUUUGUCGUAUAGCAUUGCCAUACCACCGAACGGCAGGCAUGGUCUGCGAGGUUUCGUUAGCAUCGACAUCGAUGUCACCGGUUUGCGUGUCAAUCAAUGCGAAGCACCGGUGGCCUAUCGAUUCAAUUAUCAACAGAUACAGACACGGCGUCUUCAUCUGGUCGACACGAGCGCCCAGUCAACAGAAUUUAUAAAUGAUAUUCAAGCGUUUCAUAAGUCGCAUAAAUGUCAUCGUGACACAAUGGUGUGUGAUUAUCGUUUACCCACCUCGGAAUCACCGACAAUAACAACAAGUAAAAUACUGGCAACACCCAACACUUGGUCACGUGGUGCCUAUCAAUGCCUGUGCAAGCGCGGCUACUAUUCGAUACGACAUCCAGAUGGCUUUAAUGGCACCAUAAUGGAAAUUGCUUGGAAAGAACAUCAGGAUAAUAUUAGCAAUUACUAUGCCGAAGUGUUCACUUGUCUGAAGUGUGCACCGGGCUGUGAAUCGUGUACAGGACCCGAACCAUGUUUGGCCGAUUACAAUUGGCCUUUUAGAAUAUCAUUACUAACCAUUUCGGUGGCAUGUGCAAUUGGUUGCUGCAUUUUGGCCGGAUAUCUGUUUCAUCACAGGAAGAUGAAGGUCUUCAAAGUGGCCAGUCCGAUAUUUUUGCUAAUCACCCUGAUUGGAUGUUCCAUUAUGUAUUUAGAGAUGGUUGCCAUAUUUCCCUAUUUAGACACAACAUGGUGUGUUGCAACCAAAUGGACCCGACACAUGGGCUUUUGUAUAACCUAUACAUCAUUGCUGAUGAAGACUUGGAGGGUCUCCUUAACGUAUCGCGUCAAAUCGGCCCACAAAGUUAAACUUACCGAUCAACAAUUGCUACAGUGGAUGGUACCCAUUCUAUUGGUAAUGCUUAUCUAUUUGGGUACAUGGACUAUAAGUGAUACUCCCUAUGCCGUUUAUAUUAAUGACCAACAUGGUCUCAAAUUCAAGCAAUGCUCAUAUAAUUGGUGGGAUCAUAGCUUGGCUAUUGGUGAAGUUCUGUUCUUAGCCUGGGGCAUACGUGUCUGUUAUAAUGUCCGCAAUGCGGAAUCAUUGUACAAUGAGGCUCGACUCAUUUCGUAUGCCAUUUAUAAUAUUGCCAUUGUUAACUUGUCAAUGGUGGCACUACA